UCUUCAAAAAAAUGUUGAGGCGUAAUUAUACAUUGAUUUAGUAUAUUGUUUAGAAUAGGUAACACAAGAUUUCAUAACGGACAGUAUUCGUCGAUGAGUUGCCAUGUUUCAAUAUACCUUACCAGUACGGACAAUGAUAAACGCUAAAACCAUGAGCAUUUAUAUUUUGCUUUCACUUUUUCAACAUGCGAAUUCAAAUAUUAAUCGCUGCACCGAAUCAUCAUGUGAUGUGGAUAUCUGUUGUUCGGGUAUUUAUGUAGCUUCGUGUUGCCCGCAAGAGUCGAGUGAAGUAACAAAAGCGGCUAGAGGAGUUUUUAAAACUGUGAGAGACAUUUUAGCAGGUAACCGAGCUCGUGAAUACGAGCGGAAAAUAGUAUUCACAAUUCUUGCAGCAUUUCUUGCUGCUCUAUUUGGAAUAUUUGUUACAAUUUUAUGGGAAUGUUGGAGAUGGAUAGGAAGAGAUAUUGCAAACCACGUUGAUAUUAAUGAGGACGUGAAGAACAGACACAAUUUCGAUGAAGUCGAAAAUAUUGAAGAAAUAAACAAUUUAAUUGCAGCAGAUUUCCCACCAGACUGGAUCAACAUACCAUUUGGCACCGGGUACAACAAAAGACAAAUUGUUCAUGGACAUCAAGAGUAUGAUGACGUGUUAGCAGCAUUUCAACAAAAUGGACUACCGCAUUGCAGAGUAUUAAAGAUUGAAAAAAUACAAAAUCCAAUGAUUUUCAACCAAUUCGAAAACAGAAAGAGUUACGUGAUGGAAAAAUACAACGGCGAAGAAGUUACAGAAUUCCUUUUUCAUGGAACCAAAAGCCAUCACGUUGAAAGCAUUUGUUCAUCGGGAUUUGUCGUGAAUUUUGCAGGAGAUAAUGGACAUGCGUUUGGCAAAGGAAUUUACUUUGCACGGCAAUCAUCCUAUUCAUUGCACUACACCGGUAAUAGCAGAGAACGAUCGAUGUUUUGUGCAGAGGUUAUAGUUGGAAAAUACACCAAAGGAAGCAAAAAUUUACGCGAAGAACCUGUUGAAGGAAACUUGCGUUAUGACAGCGUUGUUGAUAACAUGAAUGACCCUAAUAUAUUUGUUGUUUUUCGUGAAGCUAGUUCGUAUCCAACUUAUUUAAUCACGUUUUUAUCGUAAGGUUGGAUGAUCAUUGUUUGGCACUACUUUAGCGUGAGGUCUACCGCCAUAUGCAGUUCACCCAGGUGCCACAUGAAACAAUACAGCAAUAGGCCUCCCGCUGAAGUCCUGACGGGAGGUAUAUCUCACGCUGAAAUACUGUUUUUGCCUCUAUUUUUAAUCUCGAUAAUAACAUUCUAUGAAUUAAAGUUUUGAUGUAGGUUUAAUCGUUUUAAAUAAUAUACCAAUUUUUAUUUUUCAAUUGUUACAAUAACGUAAUAAUAUUACUCGCUAAAGUGCGGUAGACCUCUCGCUUAAGUGGCAGCCACUGCUUUUACUUCUAUUUGAAAUCUUGAUUAUAACAUUUUAGGUAAUAUUGUAUUUCAU